AUGAAGAGUCAGGUCCUUCUUUCUGCAGCCUUCUUUGCUGUGGCACAGUCUGCCGCAUCUUCAGGCUGUGGAAAUCCUUUAUCGCCUCAACUUACUCGUGGAGGUGCCGAUUCAACCAACACCCUAAGCUUUACAACUUCGGGCGGAGUUGUUCGCAGCUACCUACUACAUAUCCCUUCGUCCUACGACAGCAACACACCCGCUCCCUUCGCGUUCUCGUACCAUGGUAGAGGUGCCUCUCCGCAGGAGGAGGAGAAUAUCUCGGGAUUGUCUAACGAGACGUUCAACCCAAACUAUCUGGUUGCCUACCCGGCCGGUAUCAACGCGGAAUGGCAAGGUGACCCGGAUGCUGUUGGCUUCGAUGAUAUCGGUUUCACACUUGAACUUCUCACCGAUCUAUCAAGCACGUUCUGCCUCGACACUUCCAGAUUGUAUGCUACUGGCAAGAGCAACGGAGGUGGAUUCGCUGCCAACAUCCUAGCCUGCGAUCCUCAAGCCUCUCGCAUCUUUGCAGCAUUUUCUGGUGCCUCAGGGGCGUAUUACCAAGGAAACACUGACGUCAACUGCAAUGAUGCGACGGUAUCCAUUACCUGUAACCCGGGUCGUUAUCCAGUACCGCUUUUUACAACUCAUGGCGAUUCCGAUACAACAAUUCCAUACAUUGGAGGAGGCCGUCGUGGUCGUUGUCUACCAUCAAUCCCAUUGUUCAUGACAAGCUGGGCAAGCCGUAAUAGCUUGGGGUCUUCGAACACUUCGGUUUCUCUUUACAAUAAUAAUGUGGUUCGUUACGACUAUGGAAACGACACAUUCCCGCUAUUGGGUGCCCACUAUUAUGUGCAUGGUCUCGGACAUACAUGGCCCUCCAUCGUAGCUGGAUCGCCAUUCGAUGCAACACCUCUGAUGCUCGCCUUUUUCAACAAGUGGACAUUGGACACGACGCCUUACAACUUCAUCAACGCCACUGCCAGUGUCACUACCACUUCGUCAUGUUUCAAGCGCGUCAUCGACAGCUCCGGCCAGCACUGCUUCGCCUCUAUCCUGUCCUGCCUCGAACAGCUCGAUAUACACUUAUGCGGCCAACGGAGCACAGUUUGUGGUUGA